CACCUCUAAAAAUUAUGACUUUUAGAUAAGCUUUUUUAAUUUCCACAUGAUUCAACUCUAAGGGACAUAAGAAAUUGGCUUUAGAAAUAGAAACAGGGACUGGGCUGAUCAGUGAUCAAAAGAUCAUGAAAACCAAAAUGUCUUCCGUGCAUAAUCUGAUGCUUGUUUCCAUUCUCUCCUCCAUAUUUGUUGUUACUCUGCUCAGCUUUCCCAGCCCAGCUGAAGCUGAUUAUCUAUACCAUGUCUGCCCAAACACUACCACUUUCACCCCGAACUCCACCUUCCAGUCCAACCUCAACCGCCUCCUCUCAACCCUCUCCUCCAACGCCACCCGCCCCUCGGGCUUCUACAACGCCACCGCCUCCUCCUCCUCCCCAAACGACCGCGUCUACGGCCUCUUCCUCUGCCGCGGCGACGUCUCCGCCACCGACGCUUGCAAAUCCUGCGUCUCCACCGCAACCUCCGACAUCUUCCAGCGCUGCCCCGCCGAGAAACAGGUCGUGAUCUGGUACGACGACUGCAUGCUACGCUACUCCAACGAGUCCUUCUUUUCCACCAUGGCCGAGGCACCUCGCUUGUUCAUGUUCAACACGCAGAAUGUAAGUGGUUAUGUAACGGACCAAAACCGUUUCAACCAGGUGCUGGCAGCGAGUGCGAGUGAGCUAAUCGCUGAGGCUUCUAAUAACAAUCGCAAGUUUGCGACGAAAGAAGCGAACGUUUCAAAGGUCAUUACGCUGUACGUGCUUGGGCAGUGCACGCAAGACCUCUCCUCUGGAGAUUGCAAUUGGUGUCUUCUAGAAGCCAUGGCACAAUUUCCUAGAAGAAAAAUCGGGGGACGAGUUCUGUAUCCCAGUUGCUAUGUCAGGUUUGAAGUCUAUCCCUUCUACCUCCACAACUCCACCGCAGCAUCGCCAUCGCCAUCUCCACGAGAUGGUGCUGUUUCUCCUCCUCCGACAGGAUCCAUCAUCAGACCCAGGCCUAAAGGUAAAGUGCCUCCCACUAUAAGUUUACCAAGAAAAGUGAGUAAAAUUGUCCAUACAGGAGGAAGAAGCAGACUUUCACCUUCCGUAUUCAUUGGCGGCAGCAUUGCUGUCGCUGUGGUACUUGUUGCUUCGGGCUACUUCUUCGUACGCAGAAGAUCAAUAAGAAAGAAGUACAAAACUGCCCCAAAUCAAGAAAACGGUAGGAAUGACUAUGAUACAAAGAGUGUUGAGUCCUUACAAUUUGACUUGGGAACUAUUGAAACUGCUACAAACAAGUUUUCUGAGAAUAACAAGUUAGGUGAAGGCGGAUUUGGUGUAGUUUUCAAGGGAACACUUGCUAAUGGCCAGGAAAUAGCAGUGAAGAGGUUGUCGAAGAGCUCCAAACAAGGUGUACAAGAAUUUAAGAAUGAGGUUGCAUUGGUAGCCAAACUUCAACACAGAAAUCUUGUCAGGCUUCUAGGAUUUUGUUUAGAAGGAGAAGAAACCAUACUCGUCUAUGAAUAUGUGCCAAACAGAAGUCUUGAUUAUUUUCUUUUUGAAUCCAAAAAACGUGAACAACUAGAUUGGUCAAGCCGCUGCAUGAUAGCAGGAGGAAUUGCUCGAGGAAUUCUAUAUCUUCAUGAAGAUUCAAGGCUCAGAGUUAUACAUCGUGAUUUGAAAGCAAGCAAUAUAUUGUUAGAUGGCAAUAUGAAUCCAAAAAUAUCUGAUUUUGGCAUGGCAAGAAUGUUCGGAGUUGAAGAUCAAACUCAAGGAAACACCAAAAGAAUUGUCGGAACCUAUGGUUACAUGGCCCCAGAAUAUGCUAUGGAGGGGCUGUAUUCCGUAAAAUCAGAUGUCUUCAGCUUUGGAGUAGUUUUGCUUGAGAUUGUAACAGGAAGAAGAAACUUUUUAGGCUUUCAUCCCACAGAAUGUGCACCUACUCUUAUAGGCUAUGCUUGGCAAUUAUGGAACGAAACGAAAGAGUUGGAGUUGAUGGAUCCGUUGUUGAAGGAUUCAUGCAGUCCAAAUGAAUACUUGAAAUACCUCCAUAUUGGAUUAUUGUGUGUUCAAGAAGAUGCAAACAACAGGCCAACCAUGUCAUCGAUUGUUCGAAUGUUAGACAGUGAAGCUAUUAGUCUUCCCCGACCUGAGAGACCAGCCUUCUUUACAGGAAGAUGUAUUGAACAGCAUGAUCAAGAAAAUGCUCCAAAUUGCUCAACCGAUAAUUUGACAAUUUCUAUUGAUGUUCCCCGUUGAGACAGAUGGCAAAUAUAA